AUGUGCACACCUUCUUUUCAUCUCCCAGCUACACCUUUUUCCCCCACAAUGUUCAGAACUUUGGCGAGUUCCGUGAAAGCCACCAGAACCUUUUCCGUAAGCCGGGCUGCGCUCGCAGCGCUGGUGUUCAAAAUGCCGGCCAUGUCGCCAACAAUGACCGAGGGCGGCAUUGUGGCCUGGAAGUUCAAGCCGGGCGACGCCUUUUCCGCCGGUGACGUUUUGCUUGAGGUUGAGACCGACAAGGCGACCAUUGACGUGGAGGCGCAGGACGACGGAGUCAUGUGGGACAUCUUGGUGCAAGACGGCGCCACAGGCAUCCCUGUGGGCAAACCCAUAGCGUUUUUGGCCGAGCCAGGCGACGACUUGGCGACAUUGGAGAAGCCUCUGCUCGAGGAAGGCACGGCGGAAAAGAAAGACGAGAAGAAGGAGGACAAAAAAGCUCCAGAACCGGCUCCAAAGCCGCAAGAAAAGAAGCAAGAGCCUGCGCCAACACAGCAAAAGACAGACCAGCUGCGAGACACUUCUGUUUUCAACGCCGCCAACCCACAGAAGGCGCUUUUCCCCAGCGUGGAGCGCCUUUUACACAAGCACAACAUUUCUGCCGAAGACGCUUACGCCAAGAUCCCUGCGUCGGGUCCAAACGGCAGAAUCUUGCUUGGUGAUGUUUUGGCCUACUUGGGAGACAUUGACAAGUCUGCUGUGGCCAAGGUCGCCAAUUACAUCAAGGACAGAGAGCACUUGGACUUGUCGAACAUCAAAAUCGCUCCGCCAAAGGAGAAGGCCGACAAAGCUCCGGAAAAGGAAGCGGCCGAGCCUGUCAAACCAUCCAACAUCCUCCACAUUGAAUUCACUUCCGAACUCGGCGAGGGCAUCUCAAAGGAGAAGUUCCGCUUUGCCUUUGAGAGAGCAUUGGAAAGUGCAAAGAGACAAACAUACGCUACUAGAUUCCCCGAAUACUCGCGGUCUCCUGUUGCUUCGUCGCUCUACGAAAAUGACGACAUCUUCGACGACUUGCUCGUGGCCCCUGUGUCCAAGGACCGCUUUGAAGUGUUUGACGUGUCGUACCAGUUUAUCGGCGAGACCUCGGCUACUGGUGUCUCGAAUGCUUAUGAUGAUUUCGACGAACUCUUGGGCUUGAGCCAGCCUUCCCAGACUGUUACUGAGUCUGCGCCCGAGUCUGUUGUCGUUGGGUUCUCUCUCAAAUACGAUGACAAAUUGUCCGACUCCAAGGACUUUGUGGACUUUUUCCAAGAUGCCUUGCUUUCGCAAAUUCCUUCGAAACAGUUGAUCAUUCACAACUAA